AACCCCCUCCCGCAAAGCAAGAUGGUUGCCAGUCGAAAACCCUGCCACAGUAUGUUUGUGUGCCCUGCAAUGGAUUGGCACCCUUGUCCAGGGUAUACCCCGCCCUGUACCCUAAGUCUCCUUGGAUUAGCUCCAGGCCCACCUGACCCUGUAUACAGGAUAAAGCUAAAGAUCCAGCAUCACUCCUGCACCGGGAUCUACAUCGGGACCAGCCGAGAUGAGCUCCAGGAUGAGCGGAGACGCCUGGCGACUCCGGCAGGAGGAGGAACCUCAGAGCCGAGGGCAGAUCAUCACCACCGGAACAUGGAUGGAGGAAGUUCUGCCAGGCAUGCCACCUGAUGGUGAUCUCCACUACGACACCGUGGAGAUUGUGCUGAAUGACAAUGAAUACAUUUAUGGCCAGGUAAGUAGAUCUGACAACUACGAAGAGGACAUUGACGAAGACAUGCCUCCCAGGAGAACACCGUGGUUGCGAGAAGAAGAUAAUGAUGACGAGGUUUAUGAUCUCAUUAAUACAGAGAGGAGCUCCUCCUCUUUGGGGAGCUUGCUCCCUAGAUUAGCGCGUUAUCACAACAUCAUUGUGUGUUGCAACAAUGAUGUUUUCUGGGAGAGAAGAAGGAGGGAACAAGUGACAGAUGAAGAGGACAACUAUGAAAAUCCUCCUCCCAGUCGAAGGCAGCGUUCGGAGGAAGAGGAGCUGAAUGAUUUGGAGAGAUCAUUUUCGGGAACUCAACUGCAUUCAACAUCAUCCUCUACCUUGGACAGUGAGCUGUUUAGUGACAGUGAAGAUUUUGAUGAUGUUGAGCAGGAUGACGACGACGAUGAGGAGUUGGAUCGCCGUGAUUCAGAGAGGCGCUCAUCCUCCUCAAGAAGCACGUUUCCUAACUUUGAGCGCAUGUCCUUUAGUAAUCUUUCCAGAUACGGUCUUGCCUUUGGGUGGAUACGAGGGCAUUACAUGCGUUCUGAAGAAUGACCUCAGUUGCCUGGAAACCUGCCAUGUCUGAAUGGUGUCUAACUUUCCAUUUACGGAUCUACUACACCUACCGCACCAGUCCUUGUAAACUUUGGCAACAAUUAGAUAGUACUUCUGGACCCGUUUCCAUUAACAUCCUAAUUAAUUAAUUAAUUGCUAAUGCGAAUUACAGUAAGCACCAGUAUUAGUAUUUCAUCUAUAGUAAGUAUUUCAACUGAAAUAUUACUUUAAACAUAUAUCAGUGGUAAGUAAAAAAAAAAAAAAAAGUGGUAAGUAGGUAAGUAUUUCAUUGCCAUGUUUCUGGGGACAGUAAAAAAAUAAAAAAUGUGGUAUUUUAUUCCUUUGCUUCUAGUGAUAACAUUUUAAAAAAGUAUUUAAUUCUAAUGUUUUUCAGCAGGCUCCAGGCUCUUUAAAAAAAAGAUGUUAUUAAUUUUUUUGUUUCUAGGGAUGGUCUUUAAAAAAGAAUUAAAUAUUUCUAGUUAUAAAAUAAUAUAAAGAUAUUAUUUCCAUGUUUCUGUCUUUAAAAAAAUGUGUUUUUAGGAAUAAUCUUUGAAAAAACAAACAAAAAAAGGAUUUUUUCCCCAAUGUUUCAGCGCACAGUGUUCUUAAAAAUGUAUAUUAAAAAUGUGCUAUUUUAUUCCUUUGUUUCGAGGGAUAGUAUCUUUUGUGUGCAUGUGUAUAA